CAAAAAUCAUUGGAGCUUGUGUACCAAGGGGUACUAUCUAUCUGGCCUUUAUCGUUCAGAUGGUCAUUAUCUAAGCAACAUUGAGAAAGCGUGGUGUUGCAAACCUCAUGAAGCACCUAAUUUCUACACGUCAUGUUACAAUGAGAGUGUUCGGUCAGAAUUUGACUGGAAUAAAGAAGGAAUGGUGUCAUGCACAACAGCUAGUUAUUAUAUCGCUG